GAAAACGCAGAGGAGCCGGAGCCGGGACUCGGCUGUGGCCGCUGUCCCUGUCCCCGCCACGGAUCGCCGUGGCUUCAGUCUGAAGGUCGGUCCGGAGACGGGUGGGCGCGGCUCUCCCCCGGAGUCUCGGGGUGGCAGCCUUCCCGGGCCCCCCGGGCUCCGUGAGGGAUCAUGUCUACAGCCUCCGCCGCUUCCUCCUCUUCUUCGUCUUCGGCCGGUGAGAUGAUCGAAGCCCCCUCCCAAGUCCUCAACUUUGAAGAGAUCGAUUACAAGGAAAUCGAGGUGGAAGAGGUUGUUGGAAGAGGAGCCUUUGGAGUGGUUUGCAAAGCUAAGUGGAGAGCAAAAGAUGUUGCUAUUAAACAAAUAGAAAGUGAAUCUGAGAGGAAAGCUUUUAUUGUAGAGCUUCGACAGUUAUCCCGUGUGAACCAUCCUAAUAUUGUAAAGCUAUAUGGAGCCUGCUUGAAUCCAGUAUGUCUUGUGAUGGAAUAUGCUGAAGGGGGCUCUUUAUAUAAUGUGCUGCAUGGUGCUGAACCAUUGCCAUAUUACACUGCUGCCCAUGCAAUGAGUUGGUGUUUACAGUGUUCCCAAGGAGUGGCUUAUCUUCACAGCAUGCAACCCAAAGCUCUAAUUCACAGGGACCUGAAACCACCAAACUUGCUGCUGGUUGCAGGCGGGACAGUAUUAAAAAUCUGUGACUUUGGUACAGCCUGUGACAUUCAGACUCAUAUGACCAAUAACAAGGGGAGUGCUGCUUGGAUGGCACCUGAAGUUUUUGAAGGUAGCAAUUACAGUGAAAAAUGUGAUGUCUUCAGCUGGGGUAUUAUCCUUUGGGAAGUGAUAACACGUCGGAAACCCUUUGAUGAGAUUGGUGGCCCAGCUUUCCGUAUCAUGUGGGCUGUUCAUAACGGUACUCGACCACCACUGAUCAAAAAUUUACCUAAGCCCAUUGAGAGCCUGAUGACUCGUUGUUGGUCUAAAGAUCCUUCUCAGCGCCCUUCAAUGGAGGAAAUUGUGAAAAUAAUGACUCACUUGAUGCGGUACUUUCCAGGAGCAGAUGAGCCAUUACAGUACCCUUGUCAGUAUUCAGAUGAAGGACAGAGCAACUCUGCCACCAGUACAGGCUCAUUCAUGGACAUCGCUUCUACAAAUACCAGUAAUAAAAGUGACACUAAUAUGGAGCAAGUUCCUGCCACAAAUGAUACUAUUAAACGCUUAGAAUCAAAAUUGUUGAAAAAUCAGGCAAAGCAACAGAGUGAAUCGGGACGUUUAAGCUUGGGAGCUUCCCGUGGGAGCAGCGUGGAAAGCUUGCCCCCAACCUCCGAGGGCAAGAGGAUGAGUGCUGACAUGUCUGAAAUAGAAGCCAGGAUUGCUGCAACCACAGCCUAUUCCAAGCCUAAACGGGGCCACCGUAAAACUGCUUCAUUUGGCAACAUUCUGGAUGUCCCUGAGAUCGUCAUAUCAGGUAUCGGACAGCCAAGACGUAGAUCCAUCCAAGACUUGACUGUUACUGGAACAGAACCUAGUCAGGUAAGCAGUAGGUCAUCCAGUCCUAGCGUCAGAAUGAUCACUACCUCAGGACCAACCUCAGAAAAGCCAACUCGAAGUCAUGCAUGGACUCCUGAUGAUUCCACAGAUACCAAUGGAUCAGAUAACUCUAUCCCAAUGGCUUAUCUUACACUGGAUCACCAACUACAGCCUCUAGCACCGUGCCCAAACUCCAAAGAAUCUAUGGCAGUGUUUGAACAGCAUUGUAAAAUGGCGCAAGAAUAUAUGAAAGUUCAAACGGAAAUUGCAUUGUUAUUACAGAGAAAGCAAGAACUAGUUGCAGAACUGGACCAGGAUGAAAAGGACCAGCAAAAUACAUCUCGUCUGGUACAGGAACAUAAAAAGCUUUUAGAUGAAAACAAAAGCCUUUCUACUUACUACCAGCAAUGCAAAAAACAACUAGAGGUCAUCAGAAGUCAGCAGCAAAAACGACAAGGCACUUCAUGAUUCUCUGGGACCUUUAAAUUUUAAAAUAUGCAAAGAAAGACUUUUUUUUUUUUUUUUAGGAAAAGAAAAACCCUUAUAAUGACAAUUCAUGAGUAUUAGCUUGGGGCGUGUUCUGAAUGCCAACUGCCUGUAUUUGCUGCAUUUUGUUUCAUCGUUAAUUUUCUUUUUCUUAUGGUGGACAUGCAAUUCAACUGUCUCCUUGCAUAACAUGGGGCAUCUGUGACUUGAAUAAGCAGCAGUUCUCAACUUCAAAACAGCUGCAGUGAACCAUGGCUGUAUAUGCAUGCUCAUUGUGUGAAGGCUAGCCUAACAAAAACGGGGUAUCAAACUAGCUGCUAUGUGCAAACAUCGUCUUUUUUUCGAGGUGGAACCUCAAGAAUGAUUUUGUUCUUGUAUCUCAUCUCAAAAAACAAUUUUUUUUCCAAAAGAUGGUAUAUGCCAAGUUAAAGACAGGGUAUUAUAAAUCUAGAAUAAUCAGUGGUACAUUAUAGAAAUGCAGAACAUUUAAGGAUAGUUGCAAGUGAGGGCUCUGAUGCCAGCAUCCUUCAAUCAGUACUGAACUUAGUUCCAUCCACAAAAUAUUUAAAGGUAAGUGGUGGUUGCUGUAUUUAACGAAAACAUACUUCAUUGGACUAAAAUCUGACUAUGAUACAUUGAACAAAAUGGAACCUUUUUUUUAAGAUAUAAAGAUUUUAAUUUUGUGAUUGAGUGUAUGUGUGUUGAAACUGUAAAGAUUUUAUCACUCUAAUAGUAAUAUCUCUUAAAUGAAAUUAAAAGGUAAAUGAACACGAUCCAGCUUAAAUGAUCAUUCCUUCCUGCAAUGAUUAUUGGAUUGUUUUAGUUUAUAUUUGAAAAACUAAAGAGAAAUAAUUGAAAAUGGAAAUAAUUGCUCCAGCUAAAAGGCUUGGGCUUAGAUUUCUUUUAUGAUACCAAAAGAGUAAAAAACCUGGCAAAUCAGGAGAAGUUAGUAAGGAAAUUAAAGAAAUAAAUACAAAUUCAUGAAGUAUACUAUCUAUGAGCAUUGGAGUAAUUGAUUUUCCUUGCAAGCCCAUCCUAGAAUGCCUGCUGCCUUUCAACACUUUUAAGGGAAUUUCAACACUUAUAAAGAGAAAAUUUAUAUUGUUAACAAUAACUUUGCUACCAACUUUGAAAAUAAAGGUAAUAAAUUCAUUGAAAUAAUAGACUAUAUAAGCUCUAUUUUUUCAGUUGGUAUUAAAAUAAAUCACAUUUUGAUACCAGUACAAGGUGUCUUUUAAACAAGGAUGUCAUCAACUUCAUUUUUAUAGCAUUAAUGUUUUAUGAAGAGAAAAUUAAAAAUGGAAGCAUAAUUGCUGUGAUUAUUAGAAUUACAUCAUGAUUGUAUUGUAGUUUUGCUCUGUUUCAGAUAAGCAAGUUGAUCUAAGAAGUUAUCAAAACUAUUCUUAAAAAUGCUAAAGCGGGUAACUUUUUCUUCUGUUAUUUUUUUCUCCUCCUUCUGAGUUUUAUAAUGUAUUCCUGUGUAUACAAGCAAUAAAGGUAAAAGACAGUUUGUACUAAACUGUGUCAUUUUUAGCUUCCUCAAAAUCUGUUACCAGAAAGUUUCCAGUAAAUAAACGUCUACCAUUACUUUAUUUAAAUAAAAGAAAGGGCUGUCAUUCCCAAACAAUUUGAUUACCUAACUGAAAGUAUACUGUCUGAACACAUCAAUAGUAAAAUAAAAUUGACAUAGAAAAGAACUGUAGAGUAAGGAAAAGUAUAACCCAUUCAUAGCAUUGCUGCUUGUGAUAUGUGUGUGUCACUCCACCAAAAGGGAUCUAGUCAGUGCUCAGAGACUUUUCUGGUUAUCUCAGAGCAUGAGAUAUUCAAGUGUGGAUGCUAAUGGUUAACCUUUCCGUUAGGAUUUAGCAUUAUAGAUUUCAGAUUUUAUUUCUAGUCAUUAAUGUGUUUUUGCUAUAUAUUACAUACUUAAAGGGAAAAUUUAUUAUUAUUACAUGUAAUCACUUUAUAAAAAUCUCAAAUAGGAAAAUGGAAGAAAACAGUAGUGUUAAGUCAUGGUGCCAAAUGC